AUGACCGCAAAGGAGUGGACAUCUCUUCCCUCUAACUUUCGCCCACUCAGCGACUCGGAGCAUUCACAAAAUCAAAAGCGUGGCCAACUCCUUGACUCUUUCCUCGAAGGGCCACUAUUCGUCCCUCCACUUUCUUCCUUGCUCAUUGUCGAUAUCCCAUAUGGCCGAAUAUUCUCGGUUGACAUUGCUACAACGGAAUGGUCUCUUGUGGUUCAAUAUGAUGGUGAGCCUAAUGGAUUGGCCUGGCACGCGAUCACCCAGAAGGUCAUUAUUGCCGACUUCAAGAUGGGAAUCCUUUCUCUUGACCCAAGAGAUAAUUCGAUCAAAACGAUCGUUGAUCGCUAUCAUGGCGAACGUCUCAAAGGACCUAAUGAUAUUUGA